AUGAUUAGAGGAUUUACUGCUUCUUCAAAAUCGGUGUCUCUUAACACCAUUCGCAGACAAUUCAAUUCUUCUGCCGUUGUUUUGAGAAUUGAGACUGAUGCCUUUGGUGAAAUUGAAGUUGAUGAUACCAAGUACUGGGGUGCCCAGACUCAGCGAUCUCUCCAGAACUUUGAAAUUGGUGGCAUCCGCGAGAGACUCCCCGAACCUGUUAUUCGAUCUUUUGGUAUUCUGAAGAAGGCUGCUGCCACUGUUAACAUGACCUAUGGUCUUGAUCCCAAGAUUGGUGCCGCUAUUCAAGAGGCUGCCCAAGAAGUCAUUGACGGUAAACUCACUGAUCAAUUCCCUCUUGUUGUUUUCCAGACUGGUUCUGGUACUCAGUCCAACAUGAAUUCUAACGAGGUUAUUUCCAACCGUGCUAUUGAGAUUCUUGGCGGCAAACUUGGUUCUAAGAAGCCUGUUCACCCCAAUGACCACGUUAAUAUGUCUCAAUCAUCUAAUGAUACUUUCCCUACUGUUAUGCAUAUUGCUGCUGUCCUUGAAAUCACCAGAUCUCUUAUUCCUAGCCUCGAAGCUCUUCACAAGGCCAUUGACGACAAGUCAAAGGAAUUUGCUAAUAUCAUUAAAAUUGGCCGCACUCAUCUUCAAGAUGCUACCCCUCUUACUCUUGGUCAGGAAUUUUCCGGUUAUGCCACUCAGAUUGCAAAUGGUAUCGACCGAGUUAAGGGUGUUCUUCCCCAUCUCAGAUUCCUUGCCCAAGGUGGUACUGCUGUUGGUACCGGCCUUAACACACGCAAGGGCUUUGAUACUGCUAUCGCUGAAACCGUCACUAAGCUUACUGGUGAGCAAUUUUUCACUGCUCCCAAUAAGUUUGAGGCUUUAGCCGCUCACGACGCUAUUGUUGAAGCUUCUGGUGCUCUUAACACUGUUGCUGCUUCUCUUUUCAAAAUUGCCAACGAUAUUAGAUACCUUGGUUCUGGUCCCCGUUGCGGCUACGGUGAACUUCACCUUCCCGAAAAUGAACCUGGUUCUUCAAUCAUGCCUGGCAAGGUUAACCCUACUCAAAAUGAAGCUCUUACCAUGGUUUGCACACAAGUUUUUGGCAACCACUCAACCAUUACUUUUGCUGGUGCUUCUGGCCAGUUUGAACUCAACGUUUUCAAACCUGUCUUGAUUUCCAACUUGCUCUCUUCUGUUCGUCUUCUUGCUGAUGGUGCCCGCUCUUUCAGAAUUCACUGUGUUGAGGGCAUCACUGCCAACGAAAAGCGUAUCAACCAGCUUAUGAAGGAGUCUCUCAUGCUUGUUACUGCUCUUAACCCUAAGAUUGGCUACGAUGCUGCUUCUAAGGUGGCCAAGAAUGCUCACAAGAAGGGUAUUACUCUUAAGGAGUCUGCUCUUGAACUUGGUGUUCUUACCUCUGAAGAAUUUGAUGCUUGGGUCAGACCUGAGGAAAUGAUUGGCCCCAAAUAA